AUGAGAUAUUUCACCGUCGGGCUUUUGAUCGCGGCUGUCGUUAUAGUGGAAUGUUCCCAUACUUUUAUCGGCACGAGUGUACAGAGACAAUUAGUAUUGCAACGCACUGUCCAGGAGAAACCGAAAACCUUUCAGAAGACUAUCACAACUGCGAACAUCACGAUUCCAUACAGUCGUUUAAGAAACGGUUUCAUUGAGGGCAUUCUGGCAUACGAUGUAACUAAUUCUGGCGCCUCUGCUAACGUGACGGCCGGCGGCGUUGGCUUCAGCUUCGUGAACCUGCGCAUGAAAAGCGACAGGGGAAAAAAGUUGCAUUACGAAGUUUAUAUUUAUGGU